GGCAAUCCUGUUUAAAGUGCGCAACUGCGCUGAACGGCAUCUUUUUCUUUGCUUUGGUCCUAAAUUUUCGCUAAAAACUCUGAAAGGAGGAGUUGCUUUUUCGUAAUUUCUACUACGGAGGCGUGCAACAUCACCAAGUGUUCACAAUGAAUAACUCCGCGGCUAAGGUGGGUGAGAUCUUCCGCGAGGCGGGCGUGGCGUUCACCAAGCUCUCGGAGAUGACCAUGCUGCUGCACCCCAUGGGCGACUCUCAGCCGGGCGGCAAGUGGACGGAGGAGGAGGUGGAGAUGCUGCGCGCCUGCGUACACCGCUUCGCCGUCGACCUCAACAAGAUGAGCCAGCACAUCAAGAACCGCACUGUCUCCCAAAUCCGCACGACCCUGAAGAAGAAGGCGUUCGAGGACGCCGGCAUCCCGGUGCGGCAGGUAACCCCCGGGAACAAUCCGCCGCCGCCCGCACAGGUAGCGCCCUCCCUCGCAUCGCCGGCGUUAGGGAACAACUCCGAGGUGACUCUGAACAUGCUGAACGCCCCGGAGAACGAGGUGGACGUGGAAGGCCUCACCAGCGAAGUGAAGCUCGAGUUCGAGGGCAGCAGCGAGGAGGUGGCCACAUGAAACUGGGACGGGUGUUACUAAACCGACCGUUCCCCAAGUGCUCGCUUACAUCGGACUGUUUAUACCGCGUUUCAACAAACAAGACAUCUGACACGAAUAAAACUACCCUUAUCCAAAUGUAAUAAGGGUUUUUAUAAUGUUUUAUUCGGUGAAACGGUCUAUAGUAGACGUACAUUUCUGGGCUUGUAUGUGGAGUAUUUAUCUGCCAUACAUACUCAGCAAUGUAUGUCUUCUCACAGAAUAGUCGCACUUGCACUUAAGUGUGUGUGAACCAGUCUUUACAUCGGACUGUGAAGUGAACUGUGGUUGUGUUGUGAAUAGUAGAUAUUGGUGUCGAUUGUGAAGGCAGGAAAUUUGAUUUUAGUCAUGUCAAACGUUUAAUGGGUGUUCAAAUCAAAAGAUGCCACAUU